UUCAUUUGUUUUCUUAUUAAGAGAAUUUUGGAGAUUGCAGAAUUGACACAAAUUAAAAUGACACGUCACCCACCAAUUGCUCCAUCUUCAUAUUCUUAGAUCCAACGGUGUUGGUUAAAAUCAUAGCUUAAUUAAGCUUCACAUAAAGCUCCACUCCACCCAUAUAAAUCAACAGUCGACAGAUCAAGAGUAUCCCAAAUCGGAGAAUAUGGUUUCGUCAAUGAUUUCGAUCAAGACGGCGCUAAUCUCCACCGGAAUCGCCGCCUUGUCUCUGUUUCUGAAGUCCUCUGUUCCUAUCGCAGUAGACUUCUCUGUAUCACAAUUCCCGAUCUUUUGGAGUUCCUUUCUCUCGUGGCUGAAACCGCCGUACCUCUUCGUCGUCAUCAACGUCAUAAUCACUAUUAUUGUAGCUUCUUCCAAGUAUUAUCAGAGCAUUGGUGACCAAGAUGGUGAAGACGACGAGAUGAUACUCGGUGGAGAAUACACGAUUCCGAAUGUCAUCAACCAAGCUCCUCCGCAACGACUGGAAGUGACGGAUGUAGAUCUGGACGCUGAUUUCGAUUUUGCGGCGACAAUUCCUUCUCCGAUAAUACUCGUUGCGGAGGUGGAGAGAUCGGAGGUUGUGUAUAAAGAGAAGAAGGAGGAGGUUUCAGGUCUGAUCAACGGUGGAGAUGAGUUUGCGGUUCUGAGAUCAGAGUUGAAUCAACCGUUAUUGGAAGGAUUGGAGAAUCUCCCUCCGGCUGAGAAACCACUGGUUUCGGCUAGAUCCGGCCACCGGAAACCGGUCAAAGCAAGUUCAAAAGGUGUUAACAGAAAAAAGGCGUUGAGAGUGGUGAAACCGAAGCGGCACGAGACACUGGAGAACACGUGGAACAUGAUAACGGAGGAGGGAAAAUCUACGCCGUUGACUAGUCAUUACCGGAAAACCAGUAUGUCCGGAUUUGACGCCGGCGGCGAUGUAAAACCUGUCUUGAGGAAAACAGAGACUUUCAGGGAUGUGACUAAUUAUCGACACUCGUCUCCGACGGUGACGUCGCCGGUGAAGAUGAAGAAGGAGAUGUCGCCGAGUAGGGAGGAGCUAAAUCGAAGAGUGGAAGCGUUUAUCAACAAGUGUAAGGAAGAGAGAUUGGAGUCGCUAAAAUUGGAGAAAAACGUGGCUUAAUUAAACACGAGAUUAAUUAACUUUUGUCUUAAUUAUAUAUUAAUCGUUUUUCACUACUCUUAUUUGAUUGUCUUUUUUUUCCCAUGGACUACAAGUAAUGAAACAAAAGAGAUUUAAAUCAUAAUAAGUAUAAUGAGUUUAAGAUAUA